AUGGAAGAGGAAGAAAAAAUAUGGAUUCAACUAAUUUAUAUUGAAUAAUAUUAAGGGUACUCAGAUUUUUGUGAAAACAUGAAUGUCACUAAUAACUUGUUAUGUAGCGAUAUGAGAGAUGUGGGAUUUAUUUGUUUUUGUUUUAUCGUAUUUGCGAUUUUAGUUUAAGUAAGGAAAUAUAAUAUACAGAUUUUAGAAGUUGUUCGUCUAAUCGUCUACUUAAAAAAAGGCAAUCCUUGUGUUUUGUGUAAAUUGAAAGGCAAAUUACUUCAAAUAGUAUUUAUUUUACUAUUGACAUGUGGAUAUGUUGGAUAUUUUUUAACAAUUCUGUCUUUAUUCUAAUAUAAUUAAAAAAUCAAAUACUUCGGAUUUGCAUUUUGGAUGGGUGCUGGAUCAAUAAUGGGAUUGAUCUUGGUAUCAUUCUAUUAUAGAAAAACGAAAGGAUCGCUAAAUAGAAAUAAUUAGGUUUAAAAAUAUUUACUAUUUGAUAAUGGUAAGGUUGAAUUUUCAAAUAUUGCUGAAUGA